AUGGCGGAACUAAUGAGAGGCCUUCUCCACUCGGCGUGCCAGGUCCUCGGCGGCGCCGGAUGCAAGACCGAUGACGCUAACAGGACUCCGCCGGCGGAAACAGGGUUCAGGAUGCCGCUCCACUACCCGAGGUACAGCAAGCGGGACUACGAAUCGAUGGAAGAAUGGAGGCUGGAUCUGCUGUUGUCGCAGUACGGUCUCCGAUUCGACGGCACCGUGGAGGAGAAGCGUGCCUACGCCAUCGGCGCAUUCCUCUGGCCCGACCAGUACUGA